GAGACACCGCGCCAACGACGCAUUACCCAUACUUCCUUUUUAAUUAUUUUUUCUUAAUUUUAAUGGGACUCUCUUAACCCACCGUACUUAUUCACAAAAAAGAGUACCUCCCAAGAUCACUCUUUUUUUUUUUUUUUUCUUAAUUUAAGCACCCAAAUCUCUCCAAACCAAAUUUAGCAUAUUACGUUUCAAAUCACAAUAAAAUAUUUCCCUUCAAUUUGGAUCAAAGUGGGGAUUAAUUGGUUUGUGCUGUAAUCUUUAUAUGUAAUCAUAAUUCGAAGUGCUUCUACUUGUUGCAAGAAGCAAAAAUGGAGGAAGAGCUUAAAAAUGACCACAUUACUGGUUCUCCUCAAGGGGAAUGCUCGGAGAAACCGCGGAGAAAGGUAGCAGUUUUCCCGUCCCGCGAGCAAGAUCCGCCGAUCAGGCUCUCGGCCUCCGUUUCCGCACACGAUUUGAGAUCACUUGAGCUCGAGAAGGAGAGUAGAGGAGAGAGAGCAGAGCCGUCGCCGGGAGGUGUGCUCGAGGAUUGCUGCAUUAGGAGCUCGGACUCGGAGACGGUUUCGUCGAAAGCGAGCACGUCGUACGCCGAGGUGCAGGUUGCGCGAUGUCAGGUCUCGAUGUGGCGGGGGUUCAUCCAGCUCUGGAGGAAGAAAUCGAUGCAGCGGCUGUCGAGCUUCCCCCCGUUCGGAGUCCCGAAGCUUUCGAGGAGGCGGAUGAGCAGCACGGAGCCCCUCGCGGUGCCGCGGUCGAGCUCGACGCAUGGCGAGAAUAAUGAGUACUGCCUGGUUAAGCCCUGCAGGAGGAACUUCACACUGGCUGAGCUCCAAAAGGCCACAAAUGACUUCAGCCCAGAUAACAUCAUCGGUAAAGGCGGGUACGCAGAGGUUUACAAGGGACGCCUAGAGAAUGGCGAGGUCGUGGCAAUUAAGAGACUCAAUCAGGGAACAUCGGACGAAAGAACCAAAAAUUUCCUAACUGAGCUAGGGAUUACGGUUCACGUGAAUCAUCCGAAUACCGCAAAGUUGAUCGGACUUGGCGUUGAUGGAGGGAUGCAUCUUGUGCUUCAGCUGUCACCUCACGGCAGCUUGGCUAAUCUUCUUCAUGGUUCGAAGUCAAAAUUAAAUUGGGAUGUUAGAUACAAGGUUGCAUUAGGGACGGCGAAAGGGCUAGAGUAUCUUCAUGAGAAGUGUCCAAGACGAAUCAUUCACCGCGAUAUUAAGGCCGCGAAUAUACUGCUUACAGAGGAGUUUGAACCACAGAUAAGUGAUUUUGGACUCGCUAAGUGGCUACCUGACAAGUUGACUCACCACACUGUGUCGAGCUUCGAAGGCACUUUUGGUUAUCUAGCUCCUGAGUACUGCACUCACGGCAUUGUCGAUGAGAAAACUGAUGUAUAUAGCUACGGAGUUCUACUACUAGAGCUCAUUACUGGGCGUAAAGCAUUAGAUACUUCAAAGCAAAGUCUAGUGAUGUGGGUGAAGCCUUUUCUCGAGAAAAAUCAGUGGACAACGGAGCUUCUCGACCCUUCAUUUUGCGAUUCUUACGACUCAAAGCAAGUAAGCAGAGUAGCUCAAGUGGCUCGCAUGUGCAUUCAACACUCUCCGAUGCUACGACCUCGAAUGAGUCAGGUUGUGAAGUUGCUAAGCAGCGAAGAAGAUCCCUUAGAGUCAAAGAAUAUUAUCCAGAAGUCGCUUAUCCGCAGGACUUAUUCUGAAGAGCUCCAUGAUGCGGAGGAAUACAAUGCCACGAGGUACCUCAGUGACAUUAGUCGCCAUAAGAAGCUCGCUUUCGACUUCUAGAGGAUUAAACAUCCGUUUACCGCUGCUGCAGAAGCCGUUUCAGAAGAAAUGUAUCAAUCUGAAUUCGGCAUGUUUUGUAAGUUUCUUUUCUUCUUUAGUCGGAUCAGCUCAUCUAACUGAGGAGAGAGUAUCAUGUGUAUGUAGGACUGUAUUUUCCGGGUUAUUAAGAACAGUUAGAAAUGUCAAGUAACUGAACAUAUCCUUCAGUAAGUACAGUUUGAGCACAAAAAUUAUUUCAUUGCUAGAGACAAUUUUAUAAAUUGGCUUUA